CGUUGACCGAGGCGGCACGGUCAAUCCAAAAGUGGACGCCGGAGGAGGAGUGCAUAUUGGCGUCGGCCUGGGUUGACGUCUCCGAGCAUCCUAUCAUUGGUAAAAAAUUUCUUUUUUCUAAUAUAUUUAUGUUUUUAGUUUUAUAUAUUAUAUUUAAUGGUGUCUAAAAAAAAUUGUGUAAUACAUUUUUAAAGGUACGAAGCAAACGAAGGAUGCGAUGUGGGAUCGUAUCGAGGAGAAGUUCUUCACGGCGAUGAAGAAGGACGGCUCCUACCGAACCCGGGACCAACUCACUUCUAAAUGGAGCCACAUCAACAAAAAAGUCCGAAAGUUUAUCGGAGUUUACGAGGAAUGCUCCCGGUCCCGGAGGAGCGACACGAACGACGCCGAUGUUCUCCGGUUUGCCACGACCCGAUAUCAAGACGACGGGAACCAAGUCAAGGUGCCCAUCGAUCUUUGGAGGAUUUUGAGUCGUUCCCCGAAGUGGCAACAACUCUACAAUCCCGACGGCGGAUCGUUCCGAAAAAGAUCCACCGUCGACGCCGAGAUUGAGGUCGACGAGACCAUUGGUUCUACCGAUCAAAUCCCUCCCUUCAACGUUGCGGAUUCCGAUGACGAGGACCCCAUUCCACGGCCGAUCGGAAGAAAGAAGGCAAAAUCCAUUGCCUCUGGUUUGGGAGGGUCCGCCUCUAUUUCCGCUUCUCCCCGCGACGAAAUCGGUCGGGCAAUGGUUGAAUAACUUCGGACGUUCAAUCUCCAGGAACAAGAGAGGGCUAAGGAGUUGAAGCUAAAGAGCAGGAGGCCGAGAUGAAAGUCAUGCAAAGAGUUUGGACUAAUGAUUUACGAGCAAAGAAUGAGAGAGAUCAAGGAGAAAUAUAAUUUACCUUAGUUU